AUGGGCACCCGUGAUGCUGUCCCUGCAGCCAAGGUUCUGGCUCCAGUGGCCGUGUGCUCUGGGAGCAUCCCUCCGGCCAGUGCUGGGCCCUGCACACUCCCAAGUGGAAGCAGCGACUCCAGCCUGCAGGCUUGUGGAGAAGCCUCCCUCCGGCCAACACCGAGCAUCUUGCUGGAGAAGCCAUCACAGCUCUUGAGUGGACAUGCUGACCCUGGAAGCCUCAAUCCGGAUGCUCCCCUCAAGGGCUGGCAGGCCAGGAAUGGCCACCCCAGGAACCUCGGGGCCCUGUCUCGGAGCCGACACCCCCUGGUUCCCCUCACCUCACUGGAGUCAGAAGCCAGCAGUGUGGCCCGGGACACCACCCAGCUCAAGGACAAACUCAAGAAAAGGAGGAUCUCAGAAGGCUUGGCAGCAUCCUCCCGAGCCUCUCUGGAUCUUGGAGGAGGCCCCAAAGGGGGUCCCCUGAGGAGCGCCAUCCCCCGGGCCACUGCUCAGAGGCUGCUGAAGUUGCCCAGGCCGAUGCCCCCCAUCCAAAGCAUCCCUGCCACCCCUGAGUCCGGUGGACCCAAGGAGAAGAGCCUGGACCCUCCCACGAGCAUUCAGGGGCCUCAGGGGAGGAGAUCCCACACCCAGGAGGUACAGAUCUCCCGGCAAUACCUGCACUGCAAUGACCAGAAGAUGCACAAGUCACUGGGAGGCAUUGUGAUCCCACCCAUCCCAAAGGCCAAGGUGCCCGCUGGGACAUCCUCCUGCACACUGGGCUCCCUUCCCAGCCUCUUGCCCCCAGGCCAGGACGUGCUCAUGGGCUUGAGGGCCCCCCCCACAAGAUUGGUUCGGGAGAGUGGGCCUCAGGAGAAGACCCCUAAAUCUCUGGAACCAAAACCUUCGGCCCCACCCAUCAGAGACAGGUCUGUCGCCCCUGAGAAGCCUGCUCUGCCUUCAUCUCAGUCUGCUCCUAUACUGACAGCCUUCUCCUUCGGCCAUGCCAAAGAAGCCCACCCCUUGCAAAAAGAAGAGGACCAGAAGGAGAACAGCAAGAUCCAGGUCACCAUCUCCAAGUCUGCCCAGGAGAAGCUGCGGCUGAAGCAGAUGAGGGAGAUGGAGUUGUUCCGAAGGAUGAAGGAACCAGACACGUUGCAGGGCCUGGGCGCCCGGGGAACCUUGAUGAAGGAAGGCCUCCUUCCUCUCCGGGGCAGCAGGACCCUGUCCGUACCCACUGGGCUGAGCAGCCCACGCAGAAACAACAUCGGUGUCGUCCUGAGGAAGCGGGCCAACCGGGCCUCACUGCCCAGCAUCCCCGUCAGCAAGCAAGAGCCCAGCUUUGCCCGCCAUGCUUCAGCUAACUCAUUACCUGCGGUGCUUACGUUGUGGUCUCCUGAGUGGGAAGAGGAGGAUGAGGAGAUGGAGCUUCGAGCCUUUAAGGAAUUGAGGCCUUUCUCAAACCCAGAGCUGGGCUUGAUGGACGCCCUCCAGUGCCUUGACAGCAACGACUGGCAGAUGAAAGAGAAGGGCCUGGUGAGCAUCCAGCGCCUGGCGGCCUGUCACGCGGAGAUCCUUGCUGGGAGGCUGCACGACGUGUCCUUGGCUGUGACUGGGGAGGUCACCAACCUCCGCUCCAAGGUGUCCCGCUUGGCCAUCAGCACCCUGGGAGACCUCUUCCGGGCCUUGAAGAAGAAUAUGGACCAGGAAGCUGAAGAGAUCGCCCGCUGCUUGCUCCAGAAGAUGGGGAACACCAGCGAGUUUAUCCAGAGAGCAGCCAACCGGUCCCUGGGGGCCAUGGUGGAGCAUGUGACCCCCGCCCGCUCCCUGGUGGCCCUCACCUCGGCGGGCAUCUACCACCGUAACCCCUUAGUCCGGAAAUGCACUGCCGAGCACCUCUCAGCGGUUCUGGAGCAGAUCGGUGCUGAGAAGCUUCUCUCGGGCACGAGGGACAGCACAGACAUGCUGGUGCACAACCUGGUGAGGCUGGCGCAGGACUCCAACCAGCACACCAGAUUUUACGGCCGGAAGAUGGUGAAUAUCUUGAUGUUGAACACGAAGUUCGAUGCAUUUCUGAAGCAGUCCCUCCCAUCCCACGACUUGCAGAAGGUUAUGGCGGCCAUUAAACAGCGGGGAAUAGAAGAUAGUAAUGAACUUCCGUCUGCCAAAGGCCGCAAGGUGUCAAGGAGUCUGGAGGUGUGGGAGAAUGGUCUGCCAGGCGAGAAUGGGCUCCACUCCAAUGGCCCGCGGCUGGCGGGGCUGCGCUCCUCCGUGCGGGGUGGACAGGAGGUGGCGGAGCAGCUGAGGGAGCUGACACGGCUGCUGGAGGCCAAAGAGUACCAGUCUCGGAUGGAAGGCGUGGCGCGGCUCCUUGAGCACUGCAAGGCCAAGCCAGAGCUCAUCACCGCCAACCUGGUGCAGGUCUUUGAUGCUUUCACCCCAAGGCUUCAGGAUGCCAACAAGAAAGUGAACCAGUGGGCGCUCGAGUCCCUUGCCAAGAUGAUUCCUCUCCUCAGAGAGAGCUUACACCCCAUGCUGCUCUCUGUCAUCAUUGCCGUUGCAGACAACCUCAACUCCAAGAACUCGGGGAUUUAUGCUGCUGCUGUGACUGCGCUGGAUGCAAUGAUUGAGAGUCUGGACAACCUUUGCCUCCUACAAGCGUUUGCUGGGCGGGUGCAUUUCCUGAGUGGCCAGGCAGUGCUCGAUGUCACGGACCGUCUGUCAGUGCUGGUAGCCUCGGUUUAUCCCCGAAAGCCCCAGGCCGUGGAGCGACAUGUCCUUCCCGUCCUCUGGUACUUUCUGAACAACAUGAUCGGGAGUGGCAUCCUGCCUGGGCAUGGCGGGAACAUCCGCCCAGCGGUGUGCCGGCUGUCCAGGCGCCUCCAGGAGCAGAUGGGCUCCCGGCUGCAGGACCUGGCUGCCGGCCAGCCAAAGCAAGUCCUCAAAACGCUCCAGGAACUCUUAGACACGGAACCCCUGUGA